GGUACACCUGACCGGUAGUAGGAGAGACGAACAGUGAACCGCGGUUCGAGGGCUGCCCGGACGGAUCCAGAAGCGAAAUCGUGCUCGCGCAGCGCACAAUGCGCCUCCUCAUCGAUCCACCGGAAACGGAUCUGCUCGGCAACGUUGCGAACCGUUCGCGGACGGGAAUCGGUCGGGAUUUUUGAAAAUUCAAACUAUCCGCGGGCUGCCGGGAAACUUUGCACGCUGGUGGACCGUUUCAGUGUUCUUUUAGUGAAAAGUUGGAAUCCCCUUUGUUACCGGUAAAUCGUUCGAUGUCUGGUUGACGAUGUCAUGAGAUAUUGUUCGAUGUAAAUUCAUUGUUACAGAAGACUCAAUCGAACCAGAGGUCGAUACAGUUUAACAAAAGGGAAUCGGAAGACGUUGCGCCAUGAGAAUGCCGGCGGAGUCCUCGAUAUAUUGGGAUUCGGUAGGUUCCCAGCGCUCUACAUCCGGCGGCAGCUCCGGAGACGCUUGCAGCUCCGGAAGCGCUAGCAGACACUACGUGGACCCGUGGGACCUGGAGAACUACGCGUACCUGCGAAGACACAGCGUAGCUGGCUUGACGCAGCAGGCACCGAGGCACCAACGACGCUCUGCCUAUCAUCUUUCACACGAGACCCGUGCUCAAUCUGAAUAUUGGUAUUCAUCCUCGGUGAGAGAACCGGGCUACGACGCACCAGCUUUCGUGGAAGGAUUGUAUUGUGGACCACCUAGGCCAGGGAACAAUAGUUGCUAUUAUCAUCAGCCGAUCUACGAGGACGAGGUACCGGAUUACGUCGCACCGUUUCCGGUCUACACGCCUCUCUCCGAAAUAGGUCAUGGAGCAGAGUUCAUGGGGGACCAUAGACGAUUCAGGCACAGGUGUAAAUCCACAUCCAUGAGGGACCUACAUAGAUCUGAAUUCGUUGACCUUCAUGUACCACCGAUGACCCCCAUAGAAUUAGACACCGCACGUCAUCCGGCACCGGAGUAUCGUUCAAUGAUGCCGGUAGUGCCACCUCCGCACCUCGACCUGAACACGUACGGACACCUUAAGAUAGAUUACACGAACAGUUGGAACUCGCUGAACCGUAAGAUCAGCAAAUGAUUCGGAUCGACAGGUUUCCAAAGGAUCUGUCAGUGUCAAGGAUACGCGGCGGGAUGCUUUCGAUUGAAUGCUUGUGUAAUAUAAUCUAUUUAAGAAGCAAAUCGAACCAAAAAAUGUUGCUAGUUUAAUCGACGUGUGAAAAGCGAAACGUUAUUUGUGU